AAACAUUAAUACAGCCUGUAUAAAUCCAUCCCCUGUUUUCUCUCUCUGUCUACUUGUAUCUUUUUAUAAACCCCCAGAUCUACAUCUUGUCUCUCUCACAGUCUCUCUCUCUCUACAGACAAAACCCUAACUUUCAAACACUACUAAUCAAGAAAAUGAGGGAGUGCAUUUCAAUCCACAUUGGUCAAGCUGGUAUCCAAGUGGGUAACUCCUGCUGGGAACUCUACUGCCUUGAACAUGGCAUUCAGCCUGAUGGGCAAAUGCCUAGUGACAAAACUGUGGGAGGCGGAGAUGAUGCUUUCAACACUUUUUUCAGUGAAACAGGGGCUGGGAAGCAUGUUCCACGAGCCAUCUUUGUAGAUCUGGAACCCACUGUCAUUGAUGAGGUUCGAACCGGGACUUAUCGCCAGUUGUUUCACCCUGAACAGCUCAUUAGUGGUAAAGAAGAUGCUGCUAAUAACUUUGCUAGAGGCCACUACACAAUUGGGAAAGAGAUUGUGGAUUUGUGUUUGGAUAGAAUUAGAAAAUUGGCGGAUAAUUGUACUGGGCUACAAGGGUUCUUGGUUUUUCAUGCUGUGGGAGGGGGGACUGGCUCUGGACUUGGUUCUUUGCUUCUUGAGAGGCUUUCUGUUGAUUAUGGAAAGAAAUCGAAACUUGGUUUCACUGUUUACCCUUCACCUCAGAUCUCUACAUCUGUUGUUGAGCCUUACAAUUCUGUGCUUUCCACUCACUCGCUUCUUGAGCACACUGAUGUUUCGGUUCUUCUUGAUAAUGAGGCUAUCUAUGAUAUUUGUCGUAGAUCACUUGACAUCGAAAGGCCUUCUUACACCAAUCUCAACAGGCUUGUCUCUCAGGUUAUUUCUUCAUUGACAACUUCGCUUCGUUUUGAUGGUGCAUUGAAUGUGGAUAUUACUGAGUUCCAAACGAAUCUGGUCCCUUACCCCAGAAUCCACUUCAUGCUUUCUUCAUAUGCACCAGUCAUCUCUGCUGAGAGGGCUUACCAUGAGCAGCUUUCAGUUGCGGAGAUCACCAACACUGCCUUUGAGCCAUCCUCUAUGAUGGCUAAGUGUGAUCCCAGACACGGAAAAUACAUGGCUUGUUGUUUGAUGUACAGGGGAGAUGUGGUGCCAAAGGAUGUGAAUGCAGCAGUGGGCACCAUCAAGACCAAGAGGACCAUUCAGUUUGUGGAUUGGUGCCCAACAGGGUUCAAGUGCGGAAUUAACUAUCAAGCUCCCACAGUUGUCCCUGGAGGCGAUUUGGCUAAGGUGCAAAGGGCUGUGUGUAUGAUCUCCAAUUCAACUAGUGUGGCUGAGGUGUUUUCGAGGAUUGAUACCAAGUUUGAUCUGAUGUAUGCGAAGAGGGCAUUUGUUCACUGGUAUGUUGGUGAAGGUAUGGAAGAGGGUGAAUUCUCAGAGGCUAGAGAAGACUUGGCUGCUCUGGAGAAAGAUUACGAAGAGGUGGGGCUUGAAUCUGCUGAAGACGGAGAGGACGGUGAUGAAGGUGAAGAUUACUAAGCUCCAAGUGUUUGUAGGUUUAUUAUGCUUUUGAGACCAUAGUAGUAUUGCCAAUGGCCUCAUUGGUGGUGUCAGUCUUUUGCUGUUUCUAAUUUGUGUUGAAGUUGAAAACUUCUUUAAUUAUCUGCAAAUUUUUAGUAUAUUAUGUGAAAUUUCAAAUUGGUUGGUCUUGCAUUAA